AUGGAGCUUACUGGCGCCGAUCGCACAACUCCAUUCUUGCAAGAAGCCAAUCGGGUUUUGGUUGCUGUUGGACUAUCUCUGAGCACCAGCUGUCUGGUGAUGCGGUUGUAUACUAAGGGUCUGAUAUUGAGGAAGUUCUGGUGGGAUGAUGGUACUCAGCUCAUGUUGAGCCCCAAUUAG